UCGAAAAAGAGAACAAGUCAAAUAUUUGGAGUCGGUGGUACUUUUCAAGAGAAACGUGAAUCGAAGAGUUAAUAACCCAGUGUUUGCGAGCUACUGAGAAAUCACCAGGGUACUGAAGAUUGUCCAAAAGUCAAUUUGAACAAGUUGUGAAUCUUUAUAUUGAAAGUAUGGGCGCUAUCAACUUCUGGCCAACAUCUUUGCAACUGAUGUUACUGUUUUUUCUGACUCUGCAUAGUUUAGCAGUGGAGGGUAGAGCGCUACACCUGGAGCAGAAAUCAGCUCGUGGCAGGAUGAAUGCUGGUGAAACAGAUAAAGCCGUGUCUGGUGUAGUCACUCUGCUGGCUGGUCUCAACAAUCCAAGCAAGCUGGCAACUUGUGGCAUGCGACCCAACUAUAAGAAAGAGCCAAUAAGGUCUCGGACGAAUUUUGUCCGUGUGGUGGCUGGAAUGGAGUCUAGCAAUCGCUGGCCGUGGCAGGUUGCUCUUGUCGAUAAGAUUUCUAAGGAUCCAUUCUGCGGAGGAACACUGAUCGGCAGAGAACACAUAGUAACAGCAGCACAUUGCUUCGAUGGAAAGAACCAAAACGAUAUCGUCAUAGUCCUGGGGGAGCACGACCGGUCGAGACCGGAAGGCACUGAGCAAGAAUUCCCAGUGGAUUGCAUCCACAUCCACCGCCGAUACGUCAAAGAUGUCCCCUACAACAACGACAUCGCCGUGGUCAAGCUCAAGGUGGCUCCUGGUAACGAUGUCAUCAUCGAUGACUUCGUGAUGCCUGCCUGUAUGCCGGAAAAGAAUGAAUUCAGAGCGGGUGAUAGCUGUUACGUCACAGGAUGGGGUUAUACAAAUUUCGCCGACCUUCUCGUCGGCAAGAAACCACAGGUGCUGAAUGAAGCCAAAGUCCCAAUCCUCAGCAACAACGACUGCACACAAGCCUACGGCAGUUACAUCUCCAAAAAGAUGAUCUGUGCGGGCUACCUGGAAGGGGAACGGCGAGCAGACACAUGCAAGGGCGAUAGCGGCGGGCCGUUGAUUUGUCAGAGUGGGGGAGUGUGGAAGCUUUUCGGGGUGACGUCGUGGGGGGAUAACACAUUCUGUAACCCUUCUCCAACCGACGCAGUGCCUGGGGUGUACACAAGGGUGGACAGAUACCGAAGCUGGAUUAAGAGUAAAAUGGAAAUGGACAACUGUCCUUCUAAAAGAUGACUUUAAUCAACCAUUUAGAUUAUGGACAAUGAUAAACAAAAUGGCCCAACACUUACAGUGUAGGCCCUACUCAGUUUGCUAAUUUGUGUAUGAUGGAAAAGCUAUUUAUUAAUAUGUAAGAGUUAUGUAUUGAGAAACACCUAUUUAUAUACAUAAUUUUUAUGUGACAUUUUAAAAAAGGAAGAAUAUUAUUUUAUGCGAUGCAUACUUGUUUGAAACAAAUUAUGCCGAAGUAUUUAAAACUGAUUUUACUACUUGAAAAUUUAUUUAUUCCAUAAAGAAAACGAGAACCUGUAUUUAAGCUUGCUAACUUAACUUAUUCAUUAAGUGUACGUGUAUUCGACAUUAUUUAUUUUAACUCAUGAGAGGGUUGAACUUAAACGUGCAAUACUAUUUAAAAAAAAACAGCACAAGUAUUCUUUAAUCCUCUCCCAAAAGAGUGGAUAAAAUUUAAUGUAGGCCUAGUAAAUGAACACAAAAUAAGUUAUUUAUUAUUCAAUAUACAAAGAAAAAAAGGAGAUUUUGCCUUUUUACACAAACUCAAGAAUCAUAUCCCUACCAUCAAACUUGUCCUGGUGAUCGUUAAUUUUGAUCAAAACUCUCGGCAAUUUUUAACAAAUUCAGAGCAGAAAUGCUGCCAUUUCCAUUUAAAUGAAUAAAACAGUUAAGUUCUGUGUUAGAUUUUCUUAUUAGGAAACUAAACGAUUGUAAUGCAAAUGUCGGUUUGGUAUGUCAACUCAACAUAAACGUGGAACAUGACGGUGUAAACAGACGGCAAGUCGGCACGGACAGAGGAGGAUUUGGUGGUAUGGAUACAUUUGCGUGUCAAGUUGGGACAGAGGAAACAAGUUGAUCUUUGGGUUGAUUUAUAUUUUCACUUUUACAUAUUAUCUUAAAAUAAAACAUCUCAGGAAAUGACCAGGAAUUGCGACCAAUUUUCUGGGUAUUUGCCUUUUUCAGAGCAAGUGGA